AGGUGCGCGCGCCCGCCGCAUCAACUUUACGCGAGUGUAGUGACUGUCUCCCGCUUUUGGAUUUGUUCCUGGCUUGUUCUUCAGAUGUAACUGUCGCGGUGCUGGCGAGAGCAACAUACCAAUGACAUGAACAUGUUUCCCCGGGAAGUAUGGCCGAAGCGUUCGCGGGUGCUGGCAUGAGAGAGACGACACUAUCAUGCGCCCCGGCCGCACCUGGUUGGCGACGACGACGCUGCUCCUCACGCUCACCCACACCGAAAUGAGACGCGGCCAGCAACAGCAGCAAUACUCGCAGCACGACCGGCUACACUCGCAGCACGAUCAGCCCCACCCCGAGCAGCACGAUCAUCAGUACUCCCAACACGCUAACAUCAAGCACCACCACAGGCACAGACACCGACCGACGGAGGCGCCGCUCGACUUCGACGGGACCUUCGAGUCCGUCUUCGACCUGGCCGGCUACGGCGACGGCUACAACGGCUACGACGUCGACAAGAGCUGGCGCAUGGCCAACGACCAGCAGAAGCACCCGCACUGGCCGAUCAAGCGCGAGGCGGUGAUCGAGGGCGACCUGGUGCUGGGCGGGCUGAUGAUGGUGCACGAGCGGUCGGAGGAGCGCACGUGCGGGCCGGUGAUGCCGCAGGGCGGCGUGCAGGCGCUAGAGACCAUGCUGUUCACGCUGGACAUCGUCAACCGCCGCGGCCUCGUCCCUGGCGUGCGGCUCGGCGCCCACGUCCUCGACGACUGCGACCGCGAUACCUACGGCUUGGAGAUGGCCGUCGACUUCAUUAAAGGUUCCAUCAGCAACAUCGACGACGCGGAGUACGCGUGCAACGCGACGGCCAUGCGGAAGGUGAUCUCGGGCGUGGUGGGCGCCGCCUCCAGCGUCACCUCCGUGCAGGUCGCCAACCUGCUGCGCCUGUUCAAGAUACCUCAGGUGUCGUUCUUCUCGACGUCGCCGGAGCUGUCGAACAAGGCGCGGUUCGAGUACUUCACGCGCACCAUCCCCUCCGACCUGCACCAGGUGCGCGCCAUGGUCGAGAUCGUCAAGCAGUUCGGCUGGAGCUACGUCUCCAUCAUCUACGAGGAGUCCAGCUACGGCAUCAAGGCGUUCGAGGAGCUGGAGGCGCAGCUGGCGCGGUCGGGGAUCUGCAUCGCGGUGAAGGAGAAGCUGGUGAAGGACUCCGGCGUCGCGGACGAGCGCGCCUACGACGACCUCGUGCACCGCCUGCUCACCAAGCCGCGCGCUAGAGGUGCGAUUAUAUUCGGGUCGGACCAGGAGGUGGCGGGCGUGAUGCGGGCGGUGGAGCGCAAUGACGCGACGGCGGCGUUCAGCUGGGUGGGGUCGGACGGCUGGUCAGCGCGCGCGCUGGUCUCCGACGGCAACGAGCGCGCCGUCGAGGGCACCAUCAGCGUCCAGCCGCAGGCGCACGACGUCGUCGGGUUCAAGGAGUACUUCCUCAGCCUCAACGUCAACAACAACAAGCGGAACCCGUGGUUUGUAGAGUUCUGGGAGGCGCAGUUCGGGUGCCGGUACCCGGGCAGCGCGCGCACGCCGUACAACGGCGCGCUGCCGGCGUGCUCCGGCACCGAGCGGCUCACCGCCGACAACACCGAAUUCGAGCGGCAGCUGCAGUUCGUCGCCGACGCCGUCAUGGCCUUCGCCUACGCCAUCAGGGACAUGCACGCGGCGGUGUGCGGCGGGCGGCCGGGGCUGUGCGACGCCAUGCGACCGGCCAGCGGCGCCGAGCUGCUGCGGUACCUGCGCAAGGUCAACUUCACAGGUCUAAGCGGCGACGAGUUCCAGUUCGACGCGAACGGCGACGGGCCGGCGCGGUACAACAUCCUGCACUUCAAGCAGGUGUCGCGCGGCGUGUACCGCUGGGUGCAGGUCGGCCAGUACCGCGACGGCGAGCUGCAGCUGGACAUGGACGAGAUCCAGUUCAAGUGGGGGUCGCGGCGGCCGCCGGAGUCGGUGUGCAGCGCGGAGUGCGAGCUCGGCCAGGCCAAGCAGUACGUGGAGGGCGAGAGCUGCUGCUGGCACUGCUUCAACUGCACGCAGUACGAGAUCCGUUCGCCAGAGGUGGAGACGGCGUGCACGGUGUGCGCGCGCGGCACGCUGCCGGACGCGACGCGCACGCACUGCCGGCCCAUCCCCGAGCUGUACCUGCGGCCCGACUCCGCCUGGGCCAUCGGCGCCAUGUCGUUCUCCGCCGUCGGCAUCCUGCUCACCGCGUUCGUGUGCGGCGUGUGGGUGCGGCACGCCGGCACGCCGGUGGUGCGCGCAUCGGGGCGCGAGCUGUCGGGCGUGCUGCUCGCCGGCAUCCUCAUGUGCCACCUCGUCACCUUCGCGCUUGUGCUGCGCCCCACCGACCUGCUGUGCGCCGUGCAGAGGUUCGGCACGGGGUUCUGCUUCACGGUGGUGUACGCGGCGCUGCUGACGAAGACCAACCGCAUCGCGCGCAUCUUCAACGCCGGCAAGCGCUCCGCCAAGAAGCCCGCGCUCAUCUCGCCCACCUCCCAGCUCGCCAUCUGCGCCUCGCUCGUCUCCAUACAGGUGCUGAUUGUGGUGGUAUGGCUGGUGGUGUCGCCGGCGCGCGCGCUGCACCACCACCCCACACGCGAGGACAACAUGCUCGUCUGCGACUCCUACGUCGACGCCUCCUACAUGAUCGCCUUCUUCUACCCGAUCCUGCUCAUCGUGGUGUGCACCGUCUACGCCGUACUCACCAGGAAGAUACCCGAGGCGUUUAACGAGAGCAAGCACAUCGGGUUCACGAUGUACACGACGUGCGUGAUCUGGCUGGCGUUCGUGCCGCUGUACUUCGGCACCGCCAGCCACGUGCCACUGCGCGUCACCAGCAUGGCCGUCACCAUCUCGCUCAGCGCCAGCGUCACGCUCGCCUGCCUGUUCGCGCCCAAGUUGUACAUAAUCCUGAUCCGGCCGGAGCGCAACGUGCGGCAGAGCAUGAUGCCGGUGCGGUACAGCUGCCGGCCGCCGCCCGCGCCGCUGCCGCACCGCGACAAGCCGCCGAGUGCCGAUAAGGAGACGCAGACGGAUCCAGCCGAGUUUAGCAAACUGACGAAUGGUCAAACCAUCCGGACGCCGGCGGCCGACGAGCCGGACCGGCGGCGGGACACCCGGACCGAGGAGAGAGUCCGCCGCGCCAACGUCAUCACCAGGAACGGCAGCGAGGACAACGCCGCCGCACACGCCAAACACAAGGUGGAGGCGUUAUAGCAGCGGGCGUCGUCCAAGUCGCUCAACGACGUCAUCGCGCAGAGCAACAACGUCGGCCCGGUGCGGCACAAGAGCUGCUCCUGCCGCCUGCGCGAGCGACGCCCGGUCGUCGUGUGAGUGACGCCCGGUCGUCGUGUGAGUGACGCCCGGUUGACGUGCGAGCGCCGCUUGGUCGACGUGCGAGCAACGCCCGGUCGACGUGCGAGCGACGCCCGGUCGUCAUGUGAGCGCCGCCCGGUCGACGUGCGAGCGCAGCCCGGUCGACGUGUGAGCGCCGCCCGGUCGACGUGCGAGCAACGCCUGGUCGACGUGCGAGCGACGCCUGGUCGACGUGCGAGCGCCGGCGGCGCGUAGUGAUAUUACCACAUUCUCUAGUCAUAUCAGUAAAUGUUAUAUCGCUCAAAUAAUAUCUCAAAUAUUGUUUACAUUCCUAUAAGAAAUCUUCUAGCCGUUCUAGUGAUAAAAAUUGUUUAAAAUAAUGAUAUUAAUAUUACGAAGUAACUUUUCUAUGUUUAAUAUUCUCGUAUCGGGUUGACGGUGGAGCGUGGGCUGUAAUUGUAUAUAACGUUGAUAACGAUGACCUUAACUCGACGCCGAAAUCGGAUCCCGCGGUGUACAUACGGAUAUCUUGUAAAUAUUUAGGAGAUGUAAAGACAUAUAGUGAUGGUGUACAUAGGUGUGAGGUUCUGGCGCACGCGGAGUCGCGGCGGGCGGCCGAGCCGGGGCGGGGCGACCGCGCUCGUGGUUCAUGCACUACCAUAUCCAAAUAUAAUGAUACUAUAUUAUUAUACUAUUCAUUGUGAUCUCAUUACUUGUCAUAUCGUUAAAACCAUAUUAGUAGCUUGUAAAAUAUUUAU